AGUGUUGGCAUCACUGAUUUGCUGUCACUUUUGUGCAAAUCAAACCACAAGCCGCCGUUUUUUGUUUCCGUAGGAAAAAAAAAACAAAAUUAUAGAAUUUUCCCGUGAAAAAAUAUCAAAAAAUUGUCAACCAGUGAUGGAAGAGAUUGAAAGGAAUGUGAAUAGCAUGAUAUUGCUGGUAGAGGAACACAAUAAGAAGCGAAAGGAAGAAAUAGCGAAUAUCAUUGAGAGCAUGAAGAAGAAGUUCCUGACUAACAUUCCAUCCCAAGUUCAGGCGAAGAAGAAGAGAAUUCACCAGGAUGAUCAAGAUAAAGAAAAUGAGCUGUCAAACAGCCUUCCUGAGGCAAAUACGUCGAAGAAGAAGCAUAACCAGGAGGAGACUGAAAGUAUUCCAAGUCAAUCUAUAAGGCCAGUAAGAACGGCCAAAAUAAAUGCCAGUAAAAAUCUCAAAGAACCAGAUCUAGGCUCAAAGAUGCGUCAGCCUUUGUCUGACGAGUUCAUGGUUAAGGUCAAGGAGGAACUGCUAGAUGUUCAUGAGAUAAAGCGCGAAGUGCGCACGAAGAAAAAGAACAAGCAGGAACAGGUAGUCCAGAAGGCCCCAGAGCCAGAGCCAGACACAAAGGCACCUGAGAGAACUAGCAAGGAGUCUGAAGAUGGAGAAAUUGAAGUGGUGGCACCGAAAGAAGCCGAAAUUGUUGAAGUUAUGUCUGAUGGAGAGUCAGAAAAGAUGCCUCCGCCACCACUUCCGGCACCAAAAGGCCGUCGGGGACGCAAAAAGAAAAAUGCCUCCACGGCAAAUGUGUCAAUUGAGCGUCCGGUUCGGGAGUCCCGGAUAAAGAAGGAGAGAUCUAGCAAGAAAACAGAGAGACUCCUUGAAGUGCCUGAGACAUCAAGUGCUCGGAGUUCGAAAAAAUUGUCUGGGGAAUCCACUUAUGAGGAUGCCCUCACUGGUCAAGAGCCCAUGGCCAAUGCAGACAAUCCCAAUGUCACGAAGGUGAUUAGAACGGCAGAAGAUGAGCCAAAGUCAACUGGCAUGGAUGCAACUUUUGAUUUGCCCAAGGAGACUGAAAAUGCUUCUGGAGAGGGUGCAAGGAAUAGCAUCAUGACAGAAGAUAAUUCAUUUGAAUUGCCUAAGGAGCAGGAAGUCGUGAAGAAAACCACGAAUUCAUCAGCAAAAGCGCUUCUGCUGAAGAAGAAAACAAAUCCUCAUGAACUUUUCAACUCGCAUGAGCUUAAAACCAAUCUCUCUUGCAGUCCUUGCGUCCAGAGUCCGCUAAAGACCAAGGUUGAGGCAUUUGAGCGUCAUGCGGCUGCUGCUUCGGCACUCCCAAUUGCCACGGGGCCCUCAUCGGGGCUACGUGGUAAGGCUUUGGAGUCCGAGCGCAGAAGCAGGACACUUGGAACUCCAAAUCAUGGUCCCAAGUUGAUUGAGAAGUCGGCAUCAACGUCCAAGUUGGCGCAUCUUAUCAAUGGCACAAAGAAGAAGUCGUCCAAGGGUGGACAGGCGAUGUCUGCCACGAAGGCUAAUACACGAUCUGCCAGUGCUGAGGAUACAAAGAGAGGUCUCAAUGCGCUUCAAUUGCUAGCUGAGGAGAAGCGUAAGAAGCGCGAGGAGCGUCAUAAGCAGGCUCAGAUGAUCAGGGAGGCAAAGGAAAGGGAGAAGGAGGAGAAACACAGGCGAAUGAUACAGGAGCAGCAGGAGCGUGAAGAGAAGUUGCGACAGGAUCGAAUUAAGGCCCUGAAAGCCAAACAGAUUUUGGAGCAGGAACAGAAGUCCAGAUUGGAAGAAUUGCAGAAGCAGCAGCAACAGAAGUUGCGAGCUGAAGCUAAGAGAAAGGCUUCCAAAUAUGGAUUCGAUAUGCUGUAUUCAGAUGAUUCGACCGAUGAUGAGGGCAAGAGUUCGGAUAAACGUCCGGCACCGCCUUUGUGGAGUCAGAAGCCACGCCGUAAAGAAUUGAUGACUAUCCAGGAGACUAUCGAUGCUAAGUUGCUCAAUGGACUUUUCUUAGCCAGGCCUAUGACGCCAGAUCUCAGUGAAAUCUUCCCGGAUAUUGAUCCGAGGUAUCUUCAUCGCAAUUCUUCUGUCGUCUGGAAGACUCCACCAAGAUUCUCCGAAAUUCCCAAGUAGGAUGAUUUUGCUUAUUCAACAAUUUCUAUUCCAUUUCUUAUUUUGUUUCAUAUUCAGCCGUUCUAUUAAGCAUUUUGUAGUUUUGAAGGAAAAAUAAUAAUAAAACGUACUGAGUAAUCAAA